CGUUUCACGGAACGCAACUGGUGCCACAGUUGUCCGUGACACAAAUACGAGUAAAAAAUAUUGCAUUAUUACUAUUUAUGCAACAAAGUGUUUAUUUUGAAAAGUUUUGUGUAUUGCAAAUUUUUGAAAAAAUAAGGCGCACCCUAGUGCUCAAAUACCAAACCAUUUCGCAGUGCUCGAUUUUGCCGCGUUAGCCAAACUUAAACUGUAACAGAGAACGCCAUCGCAACUAAGUCUAGUCAGUGGCGAGAACACCAACCAUUCGCAUUCCUCUGUUAGUUAGUGCUCGUGCAAGCGGUCUACAUGUCGCGGCUGGAUACUAUGAAUGUGCAUCUGCCAUGCUUUCGGUGGCUACUGGUGCUAAGUUUGGUCAGUGCAUUCCUACCCCCCGCACCGGCUUCUAUUUUCUACUCCGGCCACACACUUCCGGUGCCGAUACAUCGAACCUACUACGAAUCCGCCGGCGAACAGCGAUUGACCGGCAACCGAUUCGAAGUUAGUGUCAUAGUACAGGAGGACAUUCUCGAAAGAAAACAGUGCGAGUGCAUUCCAAAGUAUCUAUGUCGCUCGCCACGUAAUAUCAUAAUUUUGCAAUCGCGAGAUUGCCAUCAUCAUGAAAAAGUCUGCUGUGAAACAUGAGAGGUGCUCCGACAGAAACCAUAACUCGAAUUUGGCUCGGAGUAAAUCUCGAGAAGUCGGUGAUUUAGUCUCGAGUGUAAAACGAUCACUAAACAAUGCAUGUGUUUCUACUCAACGUCAAUGUUCUGUUUUGGUUAGGCGGUUACUCGUGAAGCGUUAAUGUGAAUUUGUUCUCCGUUUUCGAAAUAAAAAACAAGUGUUAAUGUGAA